AUAAGACAAAUCACACCGAGAUAAACCUGUGUCGACGACAGCCACAUGAGGAUCGAAUUUGGCGAAAGUCCACAAGGCAGGCAGCAGAGCCUGAGUGAAGUGAAGUGAGUAGGGCAACCUGAAGGUAGUUUCUUGAGCUGUGCUGUGCUGUACUGAGCCGUGGGUCUCGUGGCACUUUUGUCCAUCACCAUGUCAGCUCCUCACGCUGUCAGGAUGAGAGUCUUCUCCCUCAAUUGCUGGGGGAUCCGUCACCUGAGUCGGCACUGUGCCCAGCGCUACCAGAUGCUGGCCGAGAUGCUGGACAGGGAACAGCAUGACAUUGCACUGCUGCAGGAGGUGUGGAGUGAGAGUGACUACCUCUUCCUGAAGCAGGCCCUGACUACCUCUUAUCCCUUCUCAUACUACUUCAGAAGUGGUGUUAUCGGCAGUGGACUGGCAGUGCUCUCCAAACACCGUAUUGAAGAUGCCCUUCUCUACCAGUACUCCCUCAAUGGAUACCCAUACAUGAUUCACCAUGGUGACUGGUUUGGAGGUAAAGCUGUGGGGCUUGUCGUCAUGGACGUCUGUGGGAUGAAAGCUCAUGUCUAUGUUACACAUCUGCAUGCAGAGUACUCCAGGGCCAAAGAUGACUACCUUCCCCACAGAACUGUACAGUCUUGGGAGCUACUCAACUUCAUUCGUCACACGUCUGCAGAUGCAGACCUGGUGGUGUUGGGUGGGGAUCUGAACAUGCACCCGCAGGACCUGGGCACCCGCCUCCUCAGGGCCCACACUGGACUCAGGGACUGCUACGUGGAGACGGACACCUUCGACGGAUGUGAAGAUGGCAUUACACUCAUCGAUGAUAAUCCCUUCACAAAAAAGAAAGACCUGCUUCCCUUUGAGAAAGGAAUCAGGAUCGACUACAUUCUAAUGAAGGGCUCGGACCGUGUGUGUGUGAGAUGUGAGUCCAUGUCCACCACUAAGGGCUGUGUGCCUGAUAAGCCGUUCCCCUACUCCGACCACGAAUCCCUCACCAUCCAGCUCCUGCUCCAGCGUACUGGCUGCAUGGACGGAGUCAGGCACACGCAGAGAUACUCCACAUCAGACACAGACACUCCGGCCGGUGAGCGCGUGGAGGUGGUGAAGGAGGCCCGGGGCAUCGUGCAGGACGGCCUGCACCAGACGGAGAGGGGCCGCCUCCUGGCCAUGUGCAUGCUGGGCCUGGGCCUGGCUCUCCUCUUGCUGCCGGCCGGUGCCCUGCCCUGGUUCUACCCGCAUGGCCACUGCCCACUCUCCUACGCCCUGCUGGGCCUCAUGGGGGCGCUGGGCAUUGCCCUGGUGGUGUGCGGAGCUCUGCUCUAUGUGCUCUUCACCACGCAGCUCAAGGCCCUGAGUGGCGCGGAGGACGGCAUGAAGAUGAUGAUGGGGAGCCUGCGGGGAGGCAGUGGGGCAUGCUGGGAAGAGGAGGGGGGAGACGGCGAGGCGACUGGUGCCGGGGCGGCCGAGGCGGAGAGGACAAUGCCUGCGUCAUCCUCAUCCGUGUCGGUCUCUCGCUCGUCUCCACACGGGGGCGCCAGAUUCCGGCUGACGACUCCGCUGGACUGCGAGGAGUAAAAGACAGAUGGACGGAUGAGGCUUGAUUAAAUAAUAAUAAAACAACAAAAAGGAUUUUAAGUGUGCGGACUUCUCAUUCUGAAAACUACUGUCAGCCUUUGUCAUGCACCUUUUCCUGGGAUGUGCACAAUCUUCACCUUCAUCUGUUCCUGGCUCCUCAUCGUCUGUCUGUCUGUCUGUCUGUCCUUCAGCCCGUUGGUGCACAGUGGACAGUGUAGAGGUUUUAGGCCUGGGGACUGACAUGCCUAGUGGAAAGUGUAGAAGUCCGCACACUGUAGCUCCGCUUUGAAGAUUUAUUUAGGUCAUGCCUGAUGAAGACCGUGUUGGGUUGAAAUGUUGUAUGACCUGAAUAAAAGACCCUGUUGGGUCAAAACGUUGUAUGACCUGAGUAAAAGACCCCGUUGUGCCAAAACGUUGUAUGACCUGAAUAAAUCUUCAAAGCGGAGCUAUGGUGUGUGGACUUCUACUCUUUCCACAGUCAAAUACGCCUUUGUCCUGCACCUGGCCUCAGAGAGGUGGGAUGUGCAUACUCUUACUCUUAUAAAGACUGACAUGCCUAGACCAAUGAUUGUGUAUAAUUGAAAUACAGUAGAGUCUCGAGGCUAGACCAUCCCACUGAGGCUGAUGGAUAUGAAAAGACAGACUGACUGACGGCGUCACCGACCUGAAACACUGAAAUCUCCAUGGAUUACACAGUAUGUCCUCGAUCCAUCCUCGCCAGUCCACACGACUCGACAUGACUCUCCUUCACUCCACAGAGACCUGCAAUGAAUUGAAAGACUGUGCCUACAGUAACACUUCUAACUCUUACAAAGUGCGAAACCAAGCAAGUGUUCAUUUCCUUAGAUAGACGGUAGUGUUGAUGAUGAUGAUGAUGAUGAUGAUGAUGAUAAUGAUGAACUAAUAACAUUUACAAUGCAACUUUAAUGAAAGUGUGUCUUA